AUGGAUACGCUUGUUCUGACUCUUCUUCUUGCAUGUCUACAACUCCAGAAUAAUGCAGUUACAUCAGCUACAGAUUUCAAUUGCCAAAAUUCAUUGAUUUCUGAGAGCUGGAGGGAGGUAGUUUUGAAAACCAUCAAUGAUUUGCGGCGAACAGUAUCGAAAGGAGAACAGAAAGGUCAAGGAAAUGCGGAUUUGCCGAAAGCUAAGGAAAUGAACGAACUGAAUUGGGAUUGCAAUAUAGAAGCAGCAGCUCAGACCGCCGCUGCGGAGUGUCCUGCUAAUCCUCAACUGCCCACAUACACUGCUGCAGGAGCUGCCACCUAUAAAAUCGGAUCUCUGAAGGCAACAGCUACUGUGAAAGCCAGUUGCGAUGCCACAUCAACAACAAAAGAUCUUCUGAAUACAGCGUGGAAAACUGCAGUUGAGAAGCAGGCAGAUGAGAAGGCAGUUGCAGACAACACAGCGUUCAGUCUGAUUGCUCGCGACAAAGCUGAUGCAUUCGCAUGCACAUAUCAAGUCUGCAAGUCAGAAUUCUACUUGCUCUGUUUCUUCAACCAAGAAGCUCCAGCACAAGGUGACGUGUACACCAAAGAAGCUGCUGACUACUGCACUGGGCAGAACUGCAAUUGUGUGAACGCACUUUGUCAAACAACUUUACAGCCAGCAAUUUUCACAAGCACAAUCUGUAGUACGUGCGAUGGAGAGUUCUCAGACAAUGUUAGGCUUACUGCAUUAGACAAGCACAACUACUACAGGCGUCUUCUCGCUACAGGAUGGGCGAAAUAUGGCACAAACUAUGCGAAACCAGCUACAAAAAUGAUUGAAUUGCAAUACGAAAAGACGCUUGAGGAUGACGCGAAACAAAAAAUUGCAAACUGCCCCGACGGAUUAGCUGCUGCAGAUCAAGAAAACCUUUGGAUGAAAGAUGGCACCGGAUUCGACACACCAUUUGAAGACGCUAUGAAAAUGGCUGUGGAUGAAUGGUGGGCACCAUUUGAGAGCACAGGUUUCGGAGACGACCUCAAGAACACAGCAGCCCUCAAAACCGCCGCAUACAUAGCAUAUGAUGAAGCCACCAAGAUUGGUUGUGCUGUGGAGUCCUGUGUGAAAAAAGGUCGCCUAUAUAUCCUCUGCAAAUAUGACUCGGCACCAGCUAUAAAUGCUGUUAUCUACGCAUCUGGCAAUACCUGUUCAAAAUGCAGUGCUACCGCGAGCACUAAGAAGUGUUCUACACUCGGCGGAUUGUGCGUGGCGUGA